UGACUGUCUAGUACAACUCUCUCUCUCUCUCUCUCUUCCCCCAAGACAUUGUGACUGUCCAGGCUUGUACAACUCUCUAUCUCUCUCCAAGACAUUGUGACUGUCUAGGCUUGUUUCCAUGGAGAGAUCACAGUCAGAGACUGGAAGGAGGAGAAUGGAAAAGAAUAAGGAAAGGGUGCAGUUCCUACCUCCUGGGCGUAUGUUACCGGUGCCUCCCAUGGUGAGGCCACCAGCAGCAGCAACCAAUGAAGUGAGGCUAGCAGCAGUAGAUGUUGAGUUGAACAUACGGCUGAGAUCAGCAGACAUGCCUGGUGCAAUGCAAGAGCAUGCAUUUAGGUUCAGUAGAGCACUCCUUGAUGCUAAUAAUCUCGAAAGCAAGAAUCCCAAUCCUACUCGUAUCGCCAUGAGUCUCAAGAAGGAGUUUGAUGCAAUGUAUGGCAUCGCAUGGCACUGCAUUGUUGGCAAGAGUUAUGGUUCAUUUGUAACUCACUCAAGUGGUCGAUUUGUAUAUUUUUCCGUGGACAACCUCUCUUUUCUUCUUUUCAAGACCGAGGUCCAACCAGUGAAGAGGCCAACUCCAUUGCGCAAGCUCAAGGCAUAAAUUGGUCGUGCUCAUUAAAAAUCUGCUUGAAUUUUAAGUAGACGAAUUUGCAUUUUAUGGACAAGGGGAGGUUAUGCUAUGACUUGUAUUUGGGACCUUCUCUAAACUCGGUUCUGAUGCUGUUUUAUUUACUCUUUUCCUUUCCUUUUCUUCAUGGCUUUAGUUUUUCAUCGCAAGUAGCCAGAUUUAGUCUCGAAUAACAUUAAAAUAUUGUAAAUCCUAUUUUAAUUUGGAUUCGGGUCUUAC